AUGGCGCCAUGGAGCAGGAAGAGUUACAAAGAGGCCACAGGAAGCUCUGAAGCUGCAGCGGAGGGUGGGGGCAGAAGGGCUGUGCAGAGUCUGGGACCAGAGGACACACAGCCACAAGGCUCUGACCAGUGCGGGCAAGGCUGGCGAAGGAUGGUGCCACCCAGGGCCCUGGAGGUCCUGCUUCUCCCACUCCUCCUGCUCCUGGCUUCAGGUGAGAAAGAUUUCAAGAACAAAUCUAAGCAGACAACACACCCUGAGGAGUCGAGAAACGUCUGCCGAGGGCUCAUCAAUGAGGGCCAUUAUGAAGUCUUCGACCUUGUGAGCACUGCUCAGUGUUUCACAAAGUGCGGGCAACUGGAGAAAGAAUCCUGUGAUCUGGGAAACUUGCAGAGAUACUGGCUGAACUACGAGACCUAUCUGGUGGAGAACAGUCCAAACAAGCCAGUGGAUCUGCCUUUUCUGAAGACUUCUCUCAAGAACGUCAGCACCAACAUCUCAGAAGACCUGCACUUCUCUCUGAGCCCCUCUCAGAUUCCGGAGCAGGUGACGGAGGACAAGCACAAGUUCCCUGACAGAGUCCGGCUGCCCAGGAGCCUGUUUGCAUCCCUGCAGGGCAGCAGGCCGGAGGUCCGCUUGGCCGUAUCUGUCCUGGACAUCGGGCAGGGGAACCUGUUCAAGGGCCCCCAGCUCAGCCUGGAAAAUGACGGCAACGUGUUGAACAACCGCCUGGUGGGCUUGAGUUUGGGCCGCAUGCGUGUCACGGGGCUGAAAGAGCCUUUGGAGAUCACCUUCUCCCACCAGCAUCAGCCUCCUAACAUGACCCUCACCUGUGUAUCCUGGGAUGUGACUAAAGGGUCAGCAGGAGACUGGUCUUCCAAGGGCUGCUCCACGGAGGUCCGGGCCAAGGGGACUGUCUGCCGCUGUGACCACCUGACCUUCUUUGCGCUGCUGCUGAGGCCGGUCUUGGACAAGGUCACCGUGCAGGCCCUCACACGGAUUUCCCAGGUUGGCUGUGGAGCCUCCAUGAUUUUUCUGGCCUUCACCAUUGUCUUCUAUGCUGCCCUGAGGUUCUCACGGAAGAGAUUCAAGUCAGAAGAUCCUCCCAAGAUCCACAUGGCCCUGAGCAUUAGCUUGUUUCUCCUGAAUCUAACUUUCUUCAUCAAUGUGGGGCGUGGCCCAAAGGGAUCCCCUGCCACCUGCUGGGUCCGGGGGGCCGUCUUCCACUACUUCCUGCUCUGCGUCUUCACCUGGAUGGUCCUAGAAGCCUUCCACCUCUACCUGCUCAUCAUCAGGGUCUUCAACACCUACUUCGGGCACUACUUUCUGAAGCUGAGCCUCGUGGGCUGGGGCCUGCCGGCCCUAAUGGUCAUCGGCACCGGCAGUGCCAACAGCUAUGGCCUGUACACCAUACGAGACAAGGACAACAGGAUCACACUGGAGCUGUGCUGGUUCCAUGAGAAAAAUGGCAUCUCUGCCCUCUACGCCACUGUCCACGGCUACUUCCUGGUCGCCUUCCUCUUCAGCGCUGUGGUCCUGGGCCUGGUGGCCUGGAAGAUCUUCACUCUGUCGAGCACCACGGCAGGCAAGGAGCAGCGGCAGAGCUGGAAGGGGGUCCUCACCUUGCUGGGCCUCUCGAGCCUGGUGGGCAUGACAUGGGGGCUGGCCAUCCUCACGCCCCUGGGCCUGUCCACCAUCUACAUCUUUGCCCUGUUCAACUCCUUCCAAGGUGUCUUCAUCUUCUGCUGGUUCAUCGUGCUCUACUUCCCAAGCCAGAGCCCCGAGGCCUCUUCUGGCACCGCCCGAGCUGAGCAGACCCACACCACGUCACAAUAA